AUUAAUAACGUAAUGUCGUUUGAAAUUAAUCGUAAAGCGCCAUCUGCUUCCUUGUGUAUAUCGUUUGUCAUUUAUUUUUUUGUUUGUUUGUAUGCUACGUGCGUGCAUCGGUGUUACGUAAAUUUGAUUAAAAAUUAAUCCGCCAGAGAGCGCCUCCGUCGCAGCCAUACGUGUCAGUUGUAAAAGACUGGUGGGGGCAUCAUGGAUUUAUUGUUUACAAAUUAUAAUUCUAUGUUUUGGCUGAGUUAUUUAUAUUGCGCUUAUAUUUUAUAUAAAAACUAAAUACAUAAUAUACGAAGGUAUUAAAGUUGACGACGACCUGUUUUUUUUUUUAUGCAGGACUAUAAAAAAUGCCGGGUGAUUUCGGCGAACAAAUUGAGGACUACGAAGUUUUAAAUUUACUUGGAAAAGGUGGUUUUGCUAGUGUUUACAGAGCAAAAUGUUUACGCAAUGGAAUGGAAGUUGCUAUAAAAAUGAUCGACAAGAAUUCAAUGCAAGCUGCCGGUAUGUCAAACAGAGUUUCUCAAGAAGUAGAAAUACAUUCUCGUUUGAAACAUCCAGCUAUUCUAGAAGUAUAUACAUUCUUUGAAAAUAAUAACUAUGUUUACAUGAUAUUAGAAUUAUGUCACAAUGGUGAACUUCAACGUUACUUAAAAAUGCAAGAAUCUAAUGUAUUAUCUGAACAAGAAGCUGGAAAUAUCAUAGCACAGGUUGUACAAGGUCUGUUAUUUCUACAUUCUCAUUUGAUACUUCACAGAGAUAUAUCAUUGUCAAAUUUAUUAUUAACUAAGAACAUGCAAGUGAAAAUUGCUGAUUUUGGAUUAGCGACGCAAUUAAAAAGACCAGAUGAAAAACAUUUGACUAUGUGCGGUACACCUAAUUAUAUAUCACCAGAAGUUGCAACUAGAUCAUCGCAUGGUUUGGCAGCAGAUGUUUGGAGUUUAGGGUGUAUGUUGUAUACUCUUUUAGUAGGUAAACCUCCAUUUGAUACAGACGCUGUAAAGAGUACCUUGACACGAGUAGCAAUGGCUGAUUAUGUUAUGCCAACCAAUUUGUCUAACAACGCUAAAGAUCUUAUAGAUAAAUUAUUGAAAAAGAAUCCAAAGGAAAGGAUUCAUUUAAGAGACGUCCCAAAGCAUCCAUUUAUAACAAGUUUGAAAACAAAUCAAACAUGUAGUAUAAGUGGAAGACAUGAGAGGAUCGGUAUAGAUAGAGUAUUAUUAGGAGAAGGCAUGAUUGAUUCUGGAGUGGGUAGAACAUUAUCUUCUUAUAGCCAAGCUAGGAUGCGUUCUCGUUCAGAGGAACGUAUAUGUACAACCCCCAUGAUAUAUGAUGGAUUUGGACCUAUGAUAAGUGCAAGAAGUAAAGCUCUAUCUGAACCAAUUACAAAAAUGCAUUCAUUACAAAGAAAACAAUUUAUGGAUUAUAUUCCAAAAACAGAUUCUGUACUUUAUGACAUAUCACCAGCUCAAUCAAGCAGAAUAUUUUCGCAGAAUGUUCAACAGAGUAAUUGUGAAUCGUGUCAUGAAAAUAGAAGACAAAAAGUGAUUGAAAAACAAAAACGAAAGGAAAAAAGUAACGAACGUUUGUGUAAUCCAGAAAUUAACGAAGAAAUUAAUAAAUUACAAGUAUCACCAUUAAAUUCUGAACGAUUACAACCUACAAGGCAUAGAACAAAAACAGCGAUACUCACUAUUCUUGAUAAUGGUGAAGUUUGUAUAGAAUUUAUUAAACGAAGAAAUGGAAUAGAAAAAAUAAACGAAGUGUGUAGAAUUUCAGGUGAUGGUUUAAGAGUGAUACUUUAUAAACCAGUUUCAUUGUUAGAAAUUGGUUCGCAACCCCCACCAUUACCAAGUUACGGUGCUGACAAUAUUUAUUCAUAUGAAAAUUUACCACCGCGUCAUCAUAAAAAAUAUAUUUAUGCUUCUCGUUUCGUCAAACUCGUCAGAGCUAAAACUCCAAAAGUUACGUUAUACACGCAACGUGCUAAAUGUUUAUUCAUGGAAAAUGGUCCGCAUCCUGAUUGCGAAGUACACUUUUAUAAUGGUUGCAAAGUUAUACGUGUCGAUGGUACUGUAAAGAUUACAGAGGAUAAUAACACAUAUGUCGAAGGUGAAUUUCCUACGCAUUUGGAUGAAUUCUAUGAACAUUAUUCGGAUAGCUACAAACGUUGUUUGCUAUUAGAAUCCACUUUACAAUCUUUGGAAACGGCAACCGGUCAUUCAUACUUUCCUGUAAUAAUUGGACGUAGGCCUUGUUCGGCCUUGAAUGAUGCUCCUUGUUUACAAGGGAAAGAGAACGUUUCACAUACCACUAAUAGUACACCUGUUAUGCCAUCGUUCGAUGCCAUUUAUUCGGCAGUAUCAACGACAACAUCACGUUCGAGAAAAAUUAAUUCUGUUUAUAGUACAAAUUGUGAUAUAGAAAAAGUAACAAUACCAGGAAUUGGUAUUGCCAUAAAAUUACCAUCUGGAGAUAUUAAAAUAGAUUACAAGGAUGGAUCCUCUUUAACUGUAAUAACGCAAGGUUACGGUGGUGGUAUUAAGUAUGAAACAAAUAAUGGUAAGGUCUUCAAAUAUAGUCAAAAGUGUCAACAAAAUAUGGAAGUACCAUAUGUGGUAAAAGAAAAAUUAAGAGAUGUCCCAACGAUUAUUAAACAUCUUGUGCAACCUAAGCACAAAAAUUUAAGAUAAUUUACAAUUUUUAAGGAUAUAUAUAUAUAUAUAAAAGAAAGAGAGAGAGAGAGAGAGAAAGAGAAAGAGAGAGGAAAGAGACUAAUUUCAACUUACGCAUUUGACGUAUGUGACAUUAGCGCCACAGGUACGGACAAAAAAAGAACUAAAACAGUAACAAGGAAAUACUGUAACCUCCCACACGACCCCAUUAUGCAGCUCUAUUAUUACAUCGGUAUAAUAUAUAUAUAUGACUGUGUAGUUUAUAUCCAUCUUAUGCGUAGUAAGAUUAGAUGAAAAUAAAUAAAAAUACAAAAAGAAAAGAAAAGAAGAAAAAAAAAAAAUCAAAA